AUGUCUGCUCCCAGAAAUGGUUCCAAAUCAGAAGAUUCCUCGGAAAACUUGACUCGUCUGCUCCCAGAAAAUCCAUUUUGUGCUUCUGAAACAGAAGAUUCCUCGGAGAACCUAGAAAAUCCAUUUUGUGUUGCCGAAAUAGAAGAUCCCUCAGAUAACUUGAUAUGUUUGCUCCCAGAAAAUCCAUUUUAUGGUUCCAAAACAGAAGAUUCCUCGAAAGGCUUGAUUGGUCAGCUCCCAGAAAAUCCAUUUUGUGGUUAUGAAACAGAAGAUUCCUCGAAAAAAUUGAUUCGUCAGCUCCCAGAAAAUCCUUUUUAUGGUUCCGAAACAGUAGCUUCCUCAGAAAACUUGUCCCCUAUGUUUCUAGAAAUCCAUUUUAUGGUUCCGAAACUAUAG